CUUUGCGUCUCUUUGCAGAGAAAGGAGAGCAGAGGAAGGAGAGAUCAGAUCACGAGACGACGAGAUGGCUUCCUCCUCUUCCUCGGCGGCGGUUGGGCGCGCGGUGGAGGAGGUGCGUACGGCGCUGAACGAGCACGCGGACGUCGUGGCGGACCUCUUCGGCCGCGUCUCCACCGAGCUCCGCGGCGGCUUCGCGCCCGCCGUCGACUCCUUCAUCGGCUUCUUCCACGCCGUCGACUGGAAGGAACCUUGGUUGAUCGGCAUGAUCAGCUUCCAUGCCAUUCUGCUACUGGUAACCAUCAUCUCCAGGAGGAACAUCAAUUUCCAACUUAUAUUGUCAGCUUUAACAUUUUCUGGUGUAUUCCUGGCGGAGAGAUUAAACACAUUCUUGGGACAACACUGGAAGAGCUUCUCGAGCCAGAACUACUUUGAUCCCCAAGGUCUCUUCAUCUCAGUCAUGUGGUCAGGCCCCCUGCUUCUGAUAACGAUCCUAAUUCUGGUGAACACCCUUGUGACGCUCUGCAUGCUGAUGGUGCGGUGGAAACGGGCUGAGCUCAGACACCGCGCCCGCGAAACCCGGAGCAAGCAGGAGUGAUCGAUGCUCGCCUACCCCUUGAACUGUUGAGGUGCAUUUUAGUAUGGAGUUAGUUAAAUUGCUGAUCUAACUGAGAAGUUUGAUCGGAACAGCAAAGCGGGAGGUUAAUGAGCAUUUGAUUUUGACGGUUUCACUCUUGGUCUCUGGUACUGAAGCGCAUUGUGAAGAAGAUUAAGGCUUUAUAGUAUUGUUGUUUUUACCUAUUUAUAGACAUGUAUUAGCUGAUGCUCAUGAUGACCAAAUUAAGUAAGGGACAUGCAUGUUUGUGUAGGCAGCUCUGGAGAUGUUUCUAGAUGUCUGCAGGGUUUUUGUUCCUGUACCCAAUUGGACGAAUUGAUGGUAUGCUCUGUAAUCCAAAACCUCGAGUUUAAGUUGUUUUAUGAUUUUGUUGACUGUUU